CGGCCCUCCAUAUACCCUUUGGUUUCCUUAUCCUAUAGAAUCCCCACUAUGACCUCUUCCAAUAUUCUUCAUGUUCCGUUUCGAAAAUCUGCCCCGCUUCAACUAUCUACUGCCAUCAAGCAGUAUAUCUCCACUAAGUAUGAUCAACACCCGGACAUGUUUACCACCGACUUGGCAGCCAUAGACAAGCUCAGGAGCGAUGCUAUCAACGUACAAGAAGCGCAUGUGAGUGGAGUUAUGAAGAUCUCGGUAUAUGCAGCGCAGUUGCAGUGGAUUAGCGGGAAGUUUCCUAUAGAUAUUGGGGCGGAUUUUACGUGGUAUCCGGCACUAGGGUAUAAUACACAACGUCCGGUCACCCAAAAUAACCUACAAUUCGAGCGUGCAAACGUCCUCUAUAAUCUCGGAUCCCUUUACUCCCAGUUGGCGUCCUCCUCUCCACGGACAACAGCCCAAGGCCUCAAAACAGCUUGCAACUACUUUUGCGCAGCCGCCGGUGUUUUCACGUAUCUCAAGAAGGAGGUUCUCACAGAGCUCCGUAGCACUCCACCGGAAGACAUGGAUGCCGGCACUCUGGAGUCUUUGGAGAUGCUGAUGCUUGCUCAAGCGCAGGAGUGCUUUUGGCUAAAAGCGGCCGUGGAUGGACAUAAAGAUAGUUUAGUUGCUAAGUUGGCGGCAAUGGUCAGUGAUUUUUACGACCUGGCUGGCGAAUUUGGAAUGAAGAGCGACUCGAUCUCUUCGGAGUGGAUGCACCACUUGUCAGCCAAACACCACCAUUUCGCAGCGGCAGCGCAGUAUAGAGCUGCCUGCGACUGCCUUGAAAGGUCGCUUUACGGGGAGGAAGUAGCUCGGCUGAAGGACUCCUUAGAUGCGGUUAAUGAAGCACUAAGGGGAGCGCGAUAUCUUAACAAAGUCGUUCUUGGUGAUUUGCAAGGGCUCAAAGAGAAAGUCACCGAAACCCUGAAGGGUGCGGAAAAGGAUAAUGAUCUACUAUAUUUCCAAGCAGUCCCACCAGCUUCUGAGUUGCCCAAGAUACCUAGGGCUCCGAUGGUGGAACCAAAGAUUCCGAGGGAGGUCUCGGAGGCCGCUAAUUUGCUUUCCGAAGGUGGCGCUUACGGGCCGCCACUGUUUUCCAAACUCGUCCCAUUUGCGGUGCAUCAGGCUGCAAGUAUAUAUGCCGAGAGGAGAGACCGAUUGGUUAACAAUGUCCUUGCAGACAAGCUAGAGUCUCUAACCAACAAGCUACAUGAGCUCCUCCGAUCCCUCAAUCUCCCCGGCUCCCUUCAGGCCCUGGAGAAACCACUGGGACUACCUCCUGGGCUUAUGUCCCACGCAGAAGAAAUAAAACAGCAAGGCGGAGUCGCGACGUUGUUGAAGUCUAUGGAUGAUAUUGCAAAAUUGAAGGCCAAUGAUAAUGCCAUGUAUCAGGAGGUGCUCUCUCCUCGCCUCUCGCUCACAAGAUCAGCGCUAACUAGGACUCAGGCUGUCGAGAUGCUAGACACCGAGGCAGCCGAAGACGAAAGGGCUAGAGGCAAGCAUGGCACUGACCAAUGGAACCGGGAGCCUUCCAGCCAGGCAGCGAGCAAACUCAUGGCAUCAGUCCAAGAGUAUGCUGGUAUUCUGAAAAGCGCGGACAAUUCGGAUGGCCUAGUCAAGGUGAAGCUAAACGAGUGCGAGAAGAGUUUAAGGCUUUUAGGUGGGGACAUUCACUCUCUCCAAGACUUCGUCCCGAACUCCUCUAGAGCAUCUUUAACACCCAAAAUGGAACGUGAGGUUGCAAAACUCCGCCAAUGCCUUAACGAAAUUUCCCGCCUAGAAUCCCGCAGAAGGCGCAAAAUCGAGAGUCUUCGAGAAAAGGCCAAAGCCGACGACAUUACGAGCGCAAUCCUAGCCGAGGCUGCGCGCCUAGAACGCGAAAGUCCCCUCCAAAAGCUCGAACCCGUCCACUUCGAGCCUCUCUUCGAAUCCCGCCUUACAGCGAAAUAUGACGGCGAAAAUACCCUGCUAAAGGAAGAAGCGGAAGUGCAAAAGGACAUCAUAUCCCGCACCCAGGAAGCCAACUCCUCUUUCGCUGCCUGCAGGAAGGUGGACUCUUCACUAAAGGAACGAGAACAGGCGUUGCAAACCCUCGAAAAUGCCCAUAGCAAGUAUCGUGAGAUACUGGAUAACUUGAAUGCGGGGAGGAAGUUUUAUAAUGAUUUGGCAAAAUUACUGGCGAGGUUCCGGGAUGAGUGCAAGGAUUUUGUGUACCAGAGGAGGAUAGAGGCGGGGCAAUUUGAAGUUGAAAUUACAAACGCGAUGCAAGCCGUUCGGCUCUCACAGACCCCAAUUUUGCAGCCGACCACACAACAUUACCAUCACCAAUCCCCACCGCAGCAAAAGCUACAGCAACAGCAGCAGCAUAUACCACUGCAAUCGCCGCCGUUGCCGGGUGUAGGACAGCAGCAGAGGCGGGUUCCGCCCGGAACACCUUUGCCGGCGCCGGUGCCCACUCGCGCCGCUAUACCGCCGCUGUCGCCGGGGCUGUGGAAGGGUGAUGCCACGACUGCUAUUAGGUUUGCGGGGGAGCCGUCGAAGCGUUGAUUGGUUGAUCGAUUGAUUGACCGGGGUUGGGCUAGGCUAUGGCGGAUUAGCCUAUGUUUGAUAGUUGUUUGAAUAUACAAACUACGUUUUACACCUUA